GAUGGGUGAAGCAGGCUCCGUAGAGCUGUCCCGCAUGGAUAGUGGAUGGUCGUGGAUGGUGCUGGCCUUUGCCUGGCUCUCCUCCUACCUGUUUGCCUCGAUAGGUGCUUCAGCUGGCAUCUUACAGGUCCAGUGAGCGGUUUAUUCGCCAGUCUUCUGUCCGUGAGAGUGACCAUCUUUGUGGGCGUGAUUCUCAUCAGUACUGGACUACUCCUCGCCAGUUUCUCCUACUCUCUUCCCGCCCUCGUCUUUUUCUACGGCAUCGUUGUUGGCGUGGGAUUUGGAGUCUCCUACUCGGCCCUGGUUGUCGUGGUCAGCUUCCACUUUGAGAAACACCGCAUGCUGGCCAACGGAAUCCUGCUGUGUGCCCCCGGACUAGGACAGAUGACCAUACCUUACCUGGUGCGAUACCUCAUCGACGAGCAAGGCUGGCGCUUCACCGUCGUCAUCAAUGGUGCGAUUAUACUGCACAUCCUCUUGUGCUCUGCUUUCUUCUCCCCGACCCCCAUGGAAAGAAAAAGUAUGGUGGACUGGUCUCAAGUCUGCCGCUCCAGAGAAUCUCGUAAAAAUAAGUAUACCGAUGAUGGGGAUGAUGAUGAUGAUGAUGAUGAUGAUGAUGAUGAUGAUGAUGAUGAUGAUGAUGAUGAUGAUGAUGAUAGUAAGAAGAAGACGCCAGCGACGGAAAUUGUCAAGAAAAAUGGUCUGACAUUGACACCGACUGAUGUUAGAAAGUUUGAUAGUGCGGAUGAUUUUGUCUCAAAUGAGAUAAAUCCUAAAAAGAUGGGGAUGAACGGUUUCCUUGAUAUAGCAGACGGGCGAAAAGCAAGCCUGAGCCCUAGCACAGUUUCAGUUCCAGUCGCCUCCACCAAACCGAACAAACUCCACGCCCCUUUUCUCAUUUCCGGAACAACUCCAGACACAAAGGCCACCCCGACACCGUCUCUAGUGGAUGUGCAGGUAGUGGACACAGCAACGCCUGAAGGCAGCGUCCCUACGUCGCUAGGCAACGGCAACGUCAUCGCUCAUCGUUUCCUGCAAGCGUUCAGAGACCGUGCCGGUUCGGACGCUAGUCGUGCUUCCGGUCUGAGUGUGACGACCUACAAAAGUCAAAUGUCACCGCAGCUCGGACGUCUGCAUGUGAAGGACAGGUCUGAAUCCGUGCGUCUGAGUUCGAGUCUUCUUUGGGCAUCCACGGAGUUUGGAAGUUCGAUUCUGUUGCCCAUAAAAAUCGAGGAGAUCGCAAGCCCUGAAGGGGAAGAGUUGGAGAAACACGAAACACUGUGGCAAAGAACGAAGAGGAGUUCAGCCCCCUCUGGUGUUGCUUCUCUUCUUCCUGGAAGUCUCCAACGGUUUGUUCCUGGGCCUGGCGCCUCUCUACGCCACCACCACCACAGGGAUCUUCAUCAUGGAGG